AUGCGGCCGCCGCCGCUACAGCGGGACGGGGUCGGGUCCGCGUCGCGCUCCGCGAGCGCGGGGAGCAGGGCGGCCCGGGGCGCGGCGGCUGCAGCGGGAGCUCCCUGAGCGCCCGCCCGCCAUGUCCAGAAAGAAGACCCCCAAGAGCAAGGGGGCCAGCGCGCCCGCUGCCUCCGUGCUGCCCGCCGCCAACGGGUCCCGGCCGGCGCGCCCUGGGAUUGCGCGCCCUGGCCCCCAGGUGCGGCCCAACGGGCCCCCGCAGCUGGGCAGGCCCUCGCUUGGCAGCGGCGACUUCUACGAUGUCACCUUCAAGGUCAUGCUGGUGGGGGACUCGGGCGUGGGGAAGACCUGCCUGCUCGUGCGCUUCAAGGAUGGGGCCUUCCUGGCAGGGACCUUCAUCUCCACUGUGGGCAUCGACUUCCGGGAGCCUCCCACUAGGGGGCAGCACUGUCCUAGCCGCUGGGCUCAGUGGAGCUGGCUGGUUGUCUUUCAGAACAAAGUUCUGGAUGUGGAUGGCAUGAAGGUGAAGCUGCAGAUCUGGGACACAGCUGGCCAGGAGCGGUUCCGCAGCGUCACCCACGCUUACUACCGCGACGCCCAUGCGCUGCUGCUGCUCUAUGAUGUCACCAACAAGGCGUCCUUUGACAAUAUCCAGGCCUGGCUGACCGAGAUCCAGGAGUAUGCCCAGCAUGACGUGGUGCUUAUGCUGCUGGGGAACAAGGUGGACUCUGCCCAGGAGCGUGCGGUCAAGCGGGAGGAUGGGGAGAAGCUGGCCAAGGCUGCCACCUGGCUGCCACCAGCUGUUUGCAGGAGUACGGGCUGCCCUUCAUGGAGACCAGCGCCAAGACAGGCCUCAACGUGGACUUGGCCUUCACAGCCAUUGCAAAGGAGUUGAAGCAGCGCUCCACGAAGGCCCCCAGUGAACCCCACUUCAGGCUGCACGACUAUGUCAAGAGGGAGGGCCGAGGAGCCUCCUGCUGCACACCCUGAACCUGGGAGGGCCCUGCAAGGCCGGACAGAGGCUUUACAGGGACUCCCGGAUUUAGUCACCCUGAAGUCAAUCCCAGGGUGUCCAAUCCUGGAACUCCCAGAUGGAGCCUUGCCUUUCCCACAACCUCAGGCCCAACAGGCUUCAAGGAGCCAGUGGGUCUGCACCCCCCCUUCACCUGCUGCUGCCUGAGGGCCUUGACAGAAAAGCAAGGGUCUUCAGUACAGGAGGGAGCACCUCACAAUGUACAGCCCAUGGGGGGUGCUCUGCUGCCCCCUCCUGGACACGCCCAGCUUGGAAGCUGGGCCGCGGUACCGGCAGCACAUGUACAGUGCCUGACCCCUUAAGAGAAAACCAUGUCUUCACCUGCACACGCUGCCCAGGCAGGGAAAGGCAGGACUCCUGCCCGUGCCUGGGACCUAGGACUUCACCGCCAACCAUACCAUGCAUUUGUGCCCCAAGGAUCAGAGCCACCUGCUCCCAGCUCACACGCUAGGAGACUCUGGUUCCAGCAUCAACAGGGUCUUCCUUUCAUGCUACCUUGGAGGAUGCCAAGGUUGUGGCUUUGUAAGAGACGAACAGCAUGUGGGAAAUCACAGAAAUGUCAGGGAAACUGGAACUGCCAGCCCCACCGAGGCCCGUGCUUAGUGAGGUCAAGCCAGGGGGCUGGUAGUACACUCUACGUACUCAAAUCUUGAAGUCCGUCUUUAGAUUAAGAGCCUUUGUUUUCAGUCCUAGUGAAUAAAGUUGUGUUU